AUGGUGAUGGUGGGUUUCUGGGGCUCGUUCCUGGGUUUCGAGCUGUUGCGCUCAAGGCGCAGGAGCCAGGCACGACAGGAUCUCCAGCUGGUGAACGCCCGCCUCCUCCUGAACCUCCACCACGGCAGCAUGGCACCGACACAGUGGACGACGUGCAAGCAGUGCAAUAUGUGGUGGUGGAUAUCGCAGAUGGAGUCGCGCGACUACUGGUGCUCCUGCGGCUGCCGAGUUGCUAGGCCCAAAGGAGAUAUGACGAAGGGCGACGGCAACGCUGGCAAGGGCAAGGGCAAGGGCAAGGAUAAGGACAAAGACAAGCAGUACCGUACUGACGGCGCCACGGGCUCCAACCAAAAGGGCUUCGCGCAGAUAGCCACGGCCUUGCAGACGAUGACGAGCUCCCUGGCCACGCUCCACUGCGACAACAAAGACGGCAUCGCCAAGCAGCUUACGAGUGUGGCCACGGCACUCCAAGCAGCGGUGAGUUCCCCAGCACAGGUUCCCAAGUCCCGAGCACUACGGUUGGCAGAAGCAGCAAGGAAACUCGAGGACGCGAACAAAAAGUACAAAUGGGCGUUUGAUGCAAAGCAGUCGGCGGACGAGAAGGCGAAGAAGGCAACAGAGUGGCUCACGGCCAGUGCCGACGACGUCCUGAACGCGGAGAAGGAAAUAGAGAUGAUCCAGCAGGAGGGCAAGGAGAAGCCGAAGAGCAUCUUUGACCAGCUGCUGAACGCAGACACGGAGAUGAUCCAGCCAUCGGAGAUCGAGAUCGCCGAGGUCGAGGCUCACUUCCAGUACGACGAGGACAUGGAUGAAGAAGGAAAGCGGCAAGUGGAAUUAGCGAAGAAGCAAGUCCUGGAGCAUCUACGGCAGACGGCAUCAACCUUCAGGGGCCAGCUGAAAGACCACUUGCAGCAGGCGAAAGACAAAGCACAGCAGGAGCGCGCCACGAUCACCCAGGCCUACAAGAAGCGGAAGGCGGGCUCAGGCGAGCCCGACGACAUCCUCGUCGACGGAGCAGGCGCCUUCCUGGAGCAGCGCAGGAAGGCACAACUCAAUGACGUGGAAUACGAGCUGCAGAAAUCUGGGUUCUCAGCAGUUUUCACGGAAGCCAGGCAUAACGAGAAGAGCCUGAAGGGGCCCCACGGUGGCACAGCUGUCAUCACCAAGGGCCACCUGAAGGCUACCUCUUUCCGCCACAAGGCACGGGCAGACACGACCUCGAGUGUGACUACUCUCCAAGGGCCGUGCGACAUGGAUAUGAUCGACUGGACGCCAGUCACGCUCCACUUGAAGGGCACAUCGCUGCUCAUCAUCUCCCUCUACUUGGACCCGAACGCCUCCCUCGUCGACGGGGUAAACGCCAGGAAGUUGACCUCGCUCGCGGCAUUCCUACAUGCCACCUCCACGCCGUGGAUCAUCUGCGGCGACUUUAAUUGCGAGUUCGACGCACUCGAGAAGACAGGGUGGCCGACGGCACUGGGCGCAACGGGUGUGGUCCAAUUGCCAGAGGGCCAGAACACGUCCUUCUUAGGUGACGCGACCCCCUCGAACAUAGACUACGCCCUGGUCAACCCUGGGGGCCAGAGACUUGUUCGAGGUAUACACGCUGUUCACGAUGUACCUGGGAAACCACAUGUGGGGCUGGUUAUUACAAUAAAGGCAGCAGCGCAGGUGAACGAAUGCAGAAGAUUGCGCAUGCCGAAAGCAUCUCCCCACCCCAAGUUGCCGAAGAAGGCCAACCCCAACAGCAAAGCAGCAAAGAAGAAGAAGAAAGCAGCGCUACCAGUCCUGGACGAAUCUGACAACCUCUCCGAUGGCGAGGCCGCCGAGACCGACACGGCGAGAUGGGAAGCCCUUGGACCAGACGGUUGUAAGAGAAACCAGACUGGGGCGAUCGCUGACGUCGAGACCAGCGGACCCGUCCCAAGACGAGUCACACAAAUGGACAGCGAGGACAUAGACCCCUUCGUCGACCUGGAUGCGAGCCUCCCCAACACGGACAGCAACAUACUCACGCCCGAAGGUGGCGAAGGGGCCUGGGGCUCACCAGAGGCGAAGGAUACUACCCAAAAGACGGAGAGCACGGAUGAGACCAUGCACGACCCAAAUGCAGCCACUACCAACUCGUCGGACCUGUCGAAGGAAACCCACAGGACCUCCUCACUGACGAUGCAGCAGCGGAUCGCGGACAAAGCAGCAGGGGUGAACACCACAAUCAUGGACGUUACUUGGGAGGUGGCAGCGCAACUGCAAGCCUUGGAGUCGACUGACACAGCCCCCGAGUACAUAAAGCAGAGUGCAGCAUACAAGACCGACCUGAACGGUGCUGAACGACUAGGGCGACAACACCACCAGCUCAUCGGCACGCUGGAGAAAUUCUAUUGCAUGGCUUACAAAGUGGAUUUGGCAGGCAGGGCAGUAUUUUGCGGGCGUGGGCACCCAUACGAUUACAAGACAGUGCCGCUGACUGGUGGAACAGACUGGUGGAACAGGGCCGACACAGUGCAGAGCACCCUGUGGAAGCAGAAGCACGACCAGAAGGUGAACCACGGCUCCGCGCGCCUCCGCAAGACGCGCGCGGAGUAA